GAGGGGAGGAGAGGGGAUCUGACGUCAGGCCGUGAGGUGCUUUCCAGCCCCGAGCUGUCAGGCCGAGUGUCAGGCCGGGCAGGUACGCUGCACGCUCCGCCGGCGCCCCCCGCCUCCCGCCCGGACGCCCGGGACAGAGCCCAAGGCCGCGUGGGCCGGAAAGACGCUCGGAAAAGCUUGCCCGAGACCCAUCCUAGCCACUAGACACCUCCACCAUGUCGGACAGUGAUCUAGGCGAGGACGAAGGCCUCCUCUCUCUGGCGGGCAAGAGGAAGCGGAGAGGGAACCUGCCCAAGGAAUCAGUGAAGAUCCUCCGGGACUGGCUGUACCUGCACCGUUACAACGCCUAUCCCUCAGAGCAAGAGAAGCUGAGCCUUUCUGGACAGACCAACCUGUCAGUGCUGCAGAUAUGUAACUGGUUCAUCAAUGCCCGGCGGCGGCUUCUCCCAGACAUGCUUCGGAAGGAUGGCAAAGACCCUAACCAGUUCACCAUUUCCCGCCGUGGGAGCAAAGCCUCAGAUGUGACCCUCCCCCGGGGCAACAGCUCCUCAGUGCUGGCUGUAUCCGUACCUACCCCUACCAAUGUGCUCUCCUUGUCUGUGUGCUCUGUGCCGCUCCACCCAGGCCAGGGGGAGAAGCCAGCCGCCCCCUUCCCACAGGGGGAGCUAGAGCCACCCAAGACCGUGUUGACUCCUGGUAGCACACUCACCCUGCUGACAAGGGCUGAGGCCGGCAGCCCCACAGGUGGACUCUUCAACACACCACCGCCCACGCCUCCAGAGCAGGACAAGGAGGACUUCAGCAGCUUCCAGCUGUUGGUGGAGGUGGCGCUACAGAGGGCUGCUGAGAUGGAGCUUCAGAAGCAGCAGGACCCAUCACCUCCCUUACUGCACACUCCCAUCCCCUUAGUCUCUGAAAACCCCAAGUAGGCAUCUGCUAGCAGGGUGCUCAAGGCUUGAGCCAGCUGUCCUGGGUUUCCAUUUUGGUUCCCUUUCAUACAGAGGGUUUUCUGUGGAUCCCUGCCAAACAUCAGGAUUGUCUCUUCUGUCCGGAAGUCUUCAGCAGGAAACACCAACUGGUGUCAUUGCACUGUGAUGGGGACCUUCCUGAGCUGACUCUGUCAUUUUUCCAGGCCUCCUCACAGUAUUGGAAUCAAGAGAUGGGAGAUAGACAUGGUGCUGCUGCUUCUCCAGGAAUCCCCGGGACACCUCUGUUCCCAUCGGGUUUCCUGGGCUGGCCUCAGGGAACCUGCCAAGUUCAGAUCUAUGCUGGUCCCAAGUUGCCCUUGAGCUGGGCCUCUGUUAAGCCAGGUGUGGACAUUCCAAGACCCUAAGUGUGAACAAAAGAGAAACUCAGCACAUGUAACGGAACCGACUCCAGUUGAAUGUUUAGUUUUCGCUAAACUAUUGUUUUUCCCUUUUUGCUGUGGUUUGCAUUAAUGGGAGUAGUUAUCCCUGGUAUGGGGAAUGAGCGAGUGCCUUGCAUGAUGGAAUCUGAUGAACUGGGAAAGAUCCACCACUGCAACUGGUGACUGUUUUUACAAGGAAGUGAGUACUUUUUUGGGGGGACCAGCUAUAUCUCUGUAGUAGUGCGAAAAUUCCAAACAGUUGUUUUGUUGGUUGUUUGGUUUACCAAAAAAAAACAAAAGAAAAAAACAACUUAUGGGUUCUUCCUUUUCUGCAUCAGGCGCAGAAAGGGACAAAGCCACAGCCAAGAGGAAGGGUUCAAUAGAGAAUCUGACCAAAACUAGGCACAGAGCAGAGAAGCAUGAUAAAUCCAGAGAAGUUUUUUUUGUUGUUUUUUAUUCUAUUUUUUGGGGGGUGUAUGUGAUAUAAACUAGACUGAGGCAGUGGGUUUUCUUCUCUAUAAAGUUUUGCCUCCAUUAUUCCUGAAUGCUUUGCCCUGCAGCCUGAGUUUGGAAUUCCUUUAGGAUACUAGGGCCGGAAUGUCAAAAGCAGCUCCUCCUUGGAGAGAAGUGAGCCAUCUAGUGGUCAGGCAGCCCUCCUAUCUGAACAGGCAGCUUUUCCAACAAUGGUGGCAGGAAACCAUUCCUGGAGGGAGCAGAUAAUAGCACCCCAGGUCCCUAGGGAACUGCCACCAGAGGAGGCUGGAAUUGGAAAUUGGUUAUGAAGCCUGUUUGCUGUGUCUUUGUGUUGCACCUUUCUUUAAACUGGAGUUGCACUUGCUCUGAACAUCAGUGAAACAAAUCACAGUUGGUCUUACUAUUCUCCCUCCCCAAACUUCCCUGCAUUUUUUUUUCCUGCUGUUUCAUUGCUGAGAAAGUUGAACAGCACUAUACCCCCUCCAUAUAUAUCCUAAGAAACACUAACCCUAGGUUAUUAGUAGCCUAAAUAAUUUUGUUCUGAAUAACAUUGUUACUUGGGCCAAGAGACAGGUCAGGGCCCCGGCCUGUAGUUUCUUGAAAUUGCCAGGUGUCAGGCACAAUGUAUGUGUGGGAGGGUGAGUUCCUGGGUUUCCUGGGUGUUGACUGAUGUGGGUGGGCCUGGCCAGGAGGAAGGCAGCAACAUGUCUCCUGUCCUUUCUGGGAAGAUCCCCGGAACCCUCAGGGAGGCUCCUCCCCCUUCUCCUGAGUGGCCUGGCCUAUCCGUUGUUGUAGGGGAUCACUUAUUAAAAGAGGGAGUUUUUCUCUUUGAGGGUGGGCAAGUUUCCUAUGCGUUCUUUUGCCUCCCUCAGCCUUUUCCUCCUGUGCCCUCUCCUUGUGUGCCCCAGGGGGAUCAGGGAUCCUCACCCUCCUGAGGCCUAGCUGGGGAAAAUAAACAUGGCAGCUUCAGGUUUAGCUGAAGUUGCCAUUUGCCCAGCCUCUUCCACCCCGCCCAUGUAUGUGAGCCCAGGCCUGGUGUGCUUGUUGCAGGAUGCUGAUAGUAGGGGACUCAGUGUAUGGGGUUGGGGUAGUAUUUCCCCUUCUCACAAUGCACUGAGCAGUAGAGGUGGUGGGUGGAGGGGCCAUGCUGCUGAAUUCUGGUUGGCAUUCUGCCUCUGUGAGAAAUGGGGUAGCUGGGGUAGGGCAGCCUCUGUUUGGGUUUGGUUGUGAGAUAAACCUGGAAAAGAGGCAUAGUUGUCUAGUUGAAUUAUUUGAGCAAAAAACUACUGUAAAUAACUUUUAUUUUUGUCUUUUGUCAAAUAAAGUUUUUUUUGUUGUUGUUAAA